GGGCCAAAGAGUUGCAGGCAAUUUCCCAUCAAUUCUCGACGACGGACGUCCCCUACUAUUAUGCUGCAGCAUCAUCAUCAUCAUCAUCCGCAUCCCCUGCACCGCCACGGUACGAAGUGGUCUUGAGCUUUAGAGGAGAGCAUGCGCGCGAGCAUCUCGCGGAUCCCCUCGCCACCCGCUUGGCCGCCAAGAGGAUAAGCGUGUUCAUGGACGAGGAAGUUGGCCCCGCGCUGGUCGAAGCCAUCGGGCAGUCGAAGAUAUCAAUACCCAUCAUCUCACCAGAGUACGCUUCCAGCGAGAACUGCCUCAGAGUGCUGGCCCGAUGCUGGAGUGCAGGGACGCCGUGAACCAUGCCAUCGUUCCCAUUUUCUAUCGCCUCAACCCCUUCGCGGAUCACAAAAAACGAGGGAGCGACGGCAUGCUCCUCGACCCAUUAAAGUCCGCUCUCCUUCGUGUUGGACAAUUGGAGGGAUAUCGUCUUGACCACGCUAGCGACCGGCUUAUGUACUAGCUCAUCUUGUAUGUCACUCGGCAGCUGAAGGAAGCUGAACUAAUUGGUGCUUCCAUGCCAGUCGGAAUCGAUAAUCAAGUCCGAGAGAUGAUGAGAAGUCUCGACGUUGACUAUUGCAAUGGACAAGCAGUUGAUAUACACGGCAGUGAUGCCCGAAUGGUCGGAAGACAUGGCACCAAGGGGAUUGGGAAAACGACUCUUUCAAAGUUCGUUUACAACCGACUAUAUCCUCUGUUUGAAGGCUGUUGCUUUCUGGGAAACAUCCGAGAAAUAUCGAGAACCGAGUCCCUCGAGCAUCUGCAAAGCCAACUGGUUUCUAAACUGCUAAAACGAGAACACAUAAGCUAUGGUUCCUUCCAAGAAGCUAUUUGCCACAUCGAACAUGAGUUUCGCAACAUGAGAGUUCUCAUCGUGCUCGAUGAUGUCAAUGAGCAGCAUCAUCUCGAAGCAUUUGCUGGAAAGCUAAGCUGGUUUGGGCCGAGAAGCAGGAUAAUUGUAACAACCAGAAACCCCAACCUUCUUAAGAUCCCUGAAGUGGUUGCGACUUAUGAAGUUAAGCCUAUGGCCGCAGAUCAAUCCCUCCGUCUUUUCUGUCGACACGCUUUUGGGGAAAGUGCUCCUCAUAAGGGCUAUGGUAAACUGUCCAAGGACAUUGUUCCCCCAGCUGGAGGGCUUCCUAUAGCAAUUGAGGUUAUGGGUUCAUUUCUGUACAGAAAAAACAAAAAAAUAUGGACUGAGACGUUACAGAAACUAAAGGAAGUGCAAGUCCUUUCCGUCCAGCAAGCGUUCAUGACUAGCUAUGAAGCUCUAGAUGAAGGGGCAAGAAAUAUAUUUCUCGAUAUAGCUUGUUUUCUUGAAGGAAAGGACAGGAGAAUGCCCUUAUACAUGUGGGAGGACUCUGGUUUUUAUCCUUGUAGUGGUAUUGAGAGUCUCCUUCUCGCGUUCCUGGUGAAAAUCGGAGAGAAUAACGAGCUCUUGGUGAAUGAUCCAUUGAGAGACCUUGGUCAAGCAAUUGUCCUCGAGGAAGACCCUGCGAACCCUGGAAAGCGCAGCGGGCUGUGGAAUCACAAGGAUUCCCUCAAUACCUUAAAGAGAAAAAAAGGAACGAAGAGGGUUCAAGCCCUCUGUCUCAAGGUCGACGCUAGUUCAGACAAGUGUUUCACAUGGGAAGAAUUUCAAAGCCUGUCCGAGCUGAGGUUCCUCAAAUUGGACAAUGCAUAUAUCCAGGGAGAUUUCACUAAUCUACUCUCCAAUUUAAGGUGGCUCGACUGGCGAGGGUGCCCGGAGACCUUUGAAGCCAUGAACUUGCAUCUGAAGAAGUUGAUGAUUCUUGAUUUAUCACGGAGCAAGGUCACUCAUAAAUGGAAGGGCUGGAGUCAAAUCAAGAUGCCACAAUUGAAAGUUUUGAACCUCACAGGGUGUCAUGAAUGAUGAAAACUCCCGACUUCUCCGGUUACCCGCAGUUGGAGAUGUUGAUUCUCGAAAGCUGUCUUGAAUUGGUCAGUGUAGACCCUUCAAUUUGUGUUCUAAGAUGCUUGGUUUGCUUGAAUUUGAAAUCAUGCAGAAAUCUUUGUCAGUUGCCAACCGAAAUGGGUAAACAUGGUAGCGCUGAAAGAGCUCAUCAUUGAUGGGACUUCUGUACAAGAAAUCCCUAAAUCGAUACAUCGUAUGAAGAAACUCGAAACUCUUAGUGCCUCCAAUUGCUGCUCACUAACUGAGCUGCCCAAAUCCAUUUGCGAUAUAGAAGCUCUUUCGAUGCUCUUGCUGGAAAA